GUGACUCUUUGCACGUUCUCCGCCGAGGCAGCGGAAGCCAGCCUCCCAUUGGCUGGAAACUGCCUCGGCCGGGCAAGGUCGUUGUCCCCUCAUUUUAAGAUGGCAGCGAGGGGGGUUUCUCGGCGUGUCUUCGAGGUCUUCGUUAGGCGAAUACCCUGGAACGUGGAGGAAAGUGAACUACGAGAAUAUUUUACUCAGUUUGGACCUGUGAAGAAAUGCAUCCUGCCAUUUAAUUCAGAAACAGGGUUCCAUAAAGGUUUUGGCUGGAUUGGAUUUGCUACAGAAGAAAGUCGCAAUAAUGCUUUGUUGAAAGAUCAUAUGUUUGAAGGGUCACAGCUUGAAGUUAAACGUCAAGAAAAAACAAGAUGAAAUAUUUGCUAAUACCAAUUAAAAGGAAGGAGCCUUUAUUUAAUUGCUAUGUAAAGAAAUUAAAAUAAACUUCGGUAUGUAUAUAUUCAUCUUA